CAACCUCCAUUGAUCAUCUCGAAAUGAAUUGCUGGCAUUUUAGCGUUAAAAGCUACCUAACUUUUCGGUCAAAUUUCGAGAUAUAGUUAUUGUACGGUCAUUGAAUUUUCUGAUUUCUAUUAGGACAGUAUUAGGUUUUAACUUCAAUAUUGAAGCUGAAGAUAUGAUUGAGGAAUUCAUCGAAGAAGAGGAAGUCAAAUUUGAUAUGCUCAAUGGAGAGCAAAUUGAGCUCUAUCUUUUGUUGAAGUUAUUUGACUUGUCGGAUUAUAGUAUCGACUUGUUUCUAGAAAACGGAUACAAAAUAGAUACUCUGAGAAUCAUACAAAGACGCGAAAUAGAGGCUUUGUUAGUCGCUCCUCACCUUGCCGAAAGAACCAAAUUCAUACACGAAAUCAAUAAAUGGCGGAAAAGUUUGGGUUUACCGCUCAUUCUUGAACCAUUACAACUACUGGAUAGUAAUACCACUGCGGGCUCCAGUGCCACAUCUACGUCGAAACCAUCGACAACUUUGUCAUCAAACCGCCAAACAUUCACGGCCCAGUUUUUGAUUACCCGCUCGCACAAAGGAAAGAACAUCAUUAAGUCAUACAACGAGUUGGGUUACCCUAAGAUCGAGUAUCAUAAAGCAAUUUCUCAUAUUGUAGUUGAUGAAUUUAAAGACCGUUUUGGGAGAUUGACCCACGAGGAGCUACUGCACCGUGGCGAAGAGUUGGAGAAACUGUUUCCAACAGAGCAUAGAUUCUCUUGGUACCAACCAACGUACAUCAAAGACUCCAACGGCAAUCUUAAGCGGCUAGGAAAAUAUGCUAAAGGCAGUUUGUACAAUCGUAACUUAAAUUACAAACCAGUUGGUACACCGAACGGAAACAAGGAAAACGCCCAGUGUACAACUCGACCGCUACCGGCGAAUCUCGAUUGUACAGUCUUGAUCAGUCCUACAGUCGAGAUGGAGUUCGAAGAGACAAAAACUUGGUUGAAACACCAUGAGGACCAAUGGGAGGAGCUAAAGGCAAAAUGGGAGUCCACAAGCUUCGUUCGCUUACACCAAAUAUCCCAAAUACAGAAUCGAAGGAUCUGUAGUAUUCUCGCAGAAUAUCCGGCGCUUCGUAAUACUAGAGGAUAUAUGUUAGUGCAGAUUGACUUUAGAUUCAAGUUCCCUGAAAACGACGAGCUGUUGUUCAAGGCGUGGCCUGAAUUCCGCAAAAAGAUAUUCUCAGCUUUCAAAGCGGAUGUUUCAGACGCGGAUGGAAAGAAGCUUAUGUCUUUCUUGUUGCAGGACGACUUAACAGACGAUUGUCGAGACUACUUGACCUUCGCACUGCUCAUUAAUUUGGUGCCAAGUUCUGUAAUAUUCUUGACGAAAAAUGAGACGAAAAGCCGACCACGUUGGAAACCAUCGCUAGCGGAGAGCCGCGAAGCAUAUUUAAUGAACGUAAAAUGCCUCAAUGAACUGGAAGCAGAUAUCAGCAGAUUGUUACGUCGCUAUAAUGAGAAAGGCUUCACGCUUGCACCGUUAUUGAUUGCUGUUUGACGAGAUGCGACUCACCUCGAAGAGUUCUUUGUUUACCAUGGAGAUACUUUCUACCGGUUUCGGACAUUUUUGAAGGCAGUUGAUAUAUGUUUCAAGAUUUUCAAAGUGUACGGUUUAGCCUACCCACGCGGAGCAGUUGGCCUAUGGAGUAUCAUAAACCAUUACUUGUACCGUUUUGAAACCGGUACUGAUUACAACUCAGCCGAAAUUGCCCGCCUUAAUAUUUUUUGCAAUUUGAAGAGAAAUGAUUACCUGCAUAGAAAAAAAAUUGUCAGUGGACCGCAGUUUCGCAUGAUGCCUUAUAUUGACAUUUACGUCGGAUGCAUUCCGGAUUAUUAACUUUCAAGUGUAAUUUUCACAACUGCAAUCGAACUUUUAGCGUGUGUACUGUUUUUCAACGUCACUUUAAUAAGCAUUUUACGACACGUUGCAAUUCAAAUAACAAUAAUGAACAAAUUUUAAGAAUAGAACCAAACAAAAGCUAUAUCAACGCCGAAAACGAUAUUGAUCAGCAAUUACAAUCCGGAAUAAAUGAAGAAGAUAAAAGUCCACAAACGACUGCCACAGCCGAUGAAAUCGAAUGUACCUGUAAAAAGAAUAAACAGAGAGAAUUUGAAAUGGUCGAUAUAAAUGCGUUAUCGAACAAAAUCAAAGCUAUGAGUUUAAACUUUACUCUAAAAUGGAUCAGUACAAACUCAUUACCGAGAAAAAUCGUUUUUGAAAUUCAACAAGAUGUCAGAUCUCAUAUACUGCAGCCAAUCAGCAAUGCGAUGAAGCUUUUAUCAAAUGCUGGUCAAGUUUCUGGAGAACUCAAGUGUACUCUACUCGAGUUACUUACUGUAUUUGAUCACGAAUCCGAAUACAAGUGCAUACAGUACCUAAAAGCAAACGAUUUGUACAACGACCCUGACAUUUUUACGAUUAGUAAUGAGUCAAGACCUGAUGUAUCGCAUAAUACGCAGCA